AUGAAAGAAAAAGAAAUGAUAAUGGAGAGAGAGCGAUCAAAGAAAGGAGAGCAACAGUAUUGGCCGAAGCUGCAAGCGCGAGAGGGAGCAUCCACUAAUGCCGGAACUUCAGCAAUCGUAAAACAAAAUAGAAUAGCUACAGAAUCGAAAGAUGAACUAGAAAGAGAAAGAAAUGAGAUGGCGAAGGUCACCACUGCUACUUCGAUCUCUUCGACAGCCAUGUCCUCUUCCCUCCUUAUCAUCUUGAGAAAGAUGAACACGUCAUUCCUCAAUCUUGAGCCCAUGAAUCUCGCUUUGCGUGGUUUCGACAAUCAAAUCUGA